AUGGAGGAGGAUACAAGGCAGGAUGAUCAGAGCUUGUCGAUUGUGCGACAGCCUGUGCGUUCGCUUUCGCAGGAGGGCCUGAAUUUACCUGGUACGAAUACAUUGAAGCUGACGGAUUUUGAGGUUCGCGGGACGCUCGGGACUGGCACAUUUGGGCGAGUAUUGCUCGUGCGCCUUCGGAACUCAUCUGCUCGACAGGACUCUGCGAACUAUUUUGCCAUGAAAAUACUUCGAAAGAGCGAGAUUGUGCGGCUCAGACAGGUCGAGCAUGUAGCUGCUGAGCGAUACAUUCUUUCACGCAUUCGGCACCCAUUCAUCGUCGACCUUUAUGCUACCUUCCAAGACGAUUUAAACGUGUAUAUGCUUCUGUCAUACGUGCCCGGUGGCGAACUGUUCACACAUCUCCGACGCGCACAGCGAUUCACACCCGACGUAACACGCUUUUACCUCGCAACGAUCGUACUUGCACUCAAAUACCUCCAUUCCUUCAACAUCAUCUACCGAGACCUCAAACCGGAAAACUUACUCCUCGACUCGCGUGGUUACCUCCGUCUGACAGACUUCGGCUUCGCGAAGAUUGUGGAGGAUCGUACGUGGACGUUAUGUGGCACUCCCGAGUAUCUCGCUCCCGAAAUCAUUCAAUCAGACGGUCACGGGAAGGCAGCUGACUGGUGGGCAUGUGGCAUUCUGUGCUACGAGAUGCUUGUUGGCUUCCCGCCGUUCUUCGCUGAGACGGCUUAUGGGAUAUACGAAAAGAUCCUUGAGGGGCGGAUCGCGUGGCCGCGUGAUAUGGAUCCACUUUCGCGGGAACUCAUCAAGGCGUUCUUACACCCUGAUAGGAGCAAACGACUUGGGAAUAUGAUUGGGGGACCGCAGGAUGUUCUGGACCACCCUUGGUUCAGGGGUGUUGACUGGGGCGCUCUUGAGCGGCGUGAAAUCAAGGCGCCGAUUAUCCCACAUACCAACUCUUCUGACGACACGCGGCACUUUGCUCGAUUGGAACUACCAUCGGAAUAUGACAUACCAGGUCUUGUUCCUGGCGAAGAGCCACCUCUUCGCCCGCUUCAGCGUUAUGAGCAAAUUGAUUAUAACUAUACGCACUCGAUCCCUGUGUAG